GGUCACUUUGGUUUGGUCAGCGUUAUUCAUGCCUUUCAAAGUUGCCAAGUUACCACAAGGACCAGGCUGCUUUGAUGAGAAGAAAGCACAAACACGAGUGGGCCUGCACGGGCCUGUCGUGCCCCCCCCUCUGAGUGCCUCUGCCCUAACAUGCGUGCGUGUGCUUCAGCCUGCUGUCCUCAGGAACGAGAGAACUCAAAAACCUGCAGCUUCACACCUUCAGCUCUGCCUCUUUCUGCUGGAGUCCAAAGGGUUUCACCUUAAAUUUGGCCUAAGCUGGAACAUCAGACAAUUGAUCAGCAAUGAAAGGAUGCAGUCGUGAGGGGAUGAAAAGAUAGAGAUGGGUGGGGUCAAAGAGAGAGGACUCCCAUGGCGACCGCAGGGAGGGGACAUGAUGAGGAGAACCUAGAGGAGGGGAGCACAACUGUUUCCAGAGGAAGAAACGUCUCUUUGCUUGUAAGGUUUCAGUCAGGAAACAACAUCUGUCUUUAUAAACUAUCCGGACUAAUAAAGACAUCUGGAGCUCCAGAGGCGCGUGGGAGGGGAGUUCUGGCGUGCAGCUGACUCACAGCAGAGGGGGACUUCUUUUCAGCAGGAGCAGAGCUGGAGACCCAGCUCUCAGCAGCACCUGCUCAUCCUGCGAGGUUCCUACUACAAAGCGAGCAGCAGACCUCCAAAGAGGUCGUUGUCUGUGCUCAAAACACAGCUCGGAUAGCUUGUAAUUACGCAGCUCUCUGCUCCUGCUGCUGCGUAAGCGGAGGAGAGGUUUUCUCCAAGAUUAGAGAAGGUGGAAGGAGGAAAGACGACAGCAGUCGAGGAGGGAGGGAGAGGUAAACAGAGGCGGUAAACACAGCAGCGCUCCUCUAAACAUAUCCAGCAGUGGUCGGGGCUGUUUGUGAGGACGGAGGUGCAGAAGAUCCCAGAAGCACAUGGCCUCCUGCAACCUCUCCUGGUUUUGCAGCAGGAUGCAGUGGUGCCGCAGGCUCACCUCCACCCUGCUGCUGCUGCUCUGCCUCUCCCUGUGGAGCCAGCAGGCCGAGGCCGCCGUGCACUCCAGCUUCCGCCAGCUCAGCGGCCGCGAGAAAAAGGAGAUGCAGAAAGAGAUCCUGAGCAUCCUGGGCCUCCCGGGGAGACCCAGACCCCACCCGCCGCUGCGCCCACCCUCCUCCGCCCCGCUCUUCAUGCUGGACCUUUACCACGCCAUGUCUGCUGAUGGAGAGGACGAGGGGAACGAGAUCCUCAUGAGUGGGCCCGCUGUGGGCACGCUCAGAGGGGGGGCACAGGUCCACCACGCAGCCCUGCCGACCCUCAGCACCCACACGCCGCCACUGGGGACGGUGGUGAGCGAGGCGGACACGGUGAUGAGCUUCGUCAACCUGGUGGAGCAUGAGCGGGACCUGCUGCAGCCCCGUCCCUACUGGAAGGAGUUUCGAUUUGACCUGACCCCCCUCCCUAAGGGUGAGACGGUGACGGCGGCCGAGUUUCGGAUUUACAAGACCCUGACGGUGGGCCAGAGAGCGAACCGAACCCUUCACAUCUCCGUCUACGAGAUCCAGCGAGAGAGCCGGCACAGAGAGCCGGAGCUGGUGCUGCUGGACAUGCAAUCUGUACCAGCAGGACAGGAGGGUUGGCUGGCCUUUGACGUCACCUCAGCCUCCAACCACUGGCUUCUCCACCCGCGCAGCAACCUGGGCAUACGCCUGUAUGUGGAGACUGAAGAAGACCGCUCCAUGUCUGCAGGAUGGAUCGGGUUGGUCGGCCGUAAGGGGCCUCGCUCCAAACAGCCCUUCAUGGUGACCUUCUUCAGGGAGAGCCAGGUUCCGUGUCGGCCGCCUCGAGCUGUCAAGCCUCAUCCCCGGAAAAAGAAGGUCAAGUACGACCUCCCACUGCCGGCCAUCCACAAUAAAAUUUCAGUAAACAAGGUGGGUCAGCCCUGCAGGAAACAUGAGCUCUACGUCAGUUUCAGUGACCUGGGUUGGAAGGACUGGGUUUUGGCUCCCACGGGGUACUCUGCAUACUACUGUCAGGGGGAGUGCUUCUAUCCUCUGGGCUCCUGCAUGAACGCCACAAACCACGCCCUCAUCCAGCAGGUGGUGAGUGCAGCUCCGUCACCCCGCCUGAUUCUCGUCUUGAUGCCGUUUUUUAACCUCUUGCUGGUGACGAGCGACAUCAGUUUUUCCUGUGAUAAAAGCCUUCAGACAUCAGUAAAUGUGUUUCUGCAGGUCCACUUAAUAAAGCCCGAUGAGGUUCCCAAAGCCUGCUGCGCCCCCAAGAAGCUCAGCCCCAUUUCUGUCUUGUUCUAUGACGACAGCAACAAUGUCAUCCUCAAAAAGCAUCGAAACAUGGUGGUGAAGACCUGCGGCUGUCAGUGAAGGUGCAGCAGUUUGAGGGGGACUGAUUUUUUUUUUUACCAAGAAAGCAGCCUGUGUGGGAAGAACCUGCCUCAGCAUUUUAGGAUUCAGAGCCUGCACUUCAAUUUCAGAUUAUAGUAGCGUCUGACUUCAGAAGCAGAACUUUGUCCUUCCUGGCUUUCUAUAUAGCGCUGCUUCUAUUUUAUCAGAACAUCCAGGUGGAAAUCACUUUAAACUUUGACAUAACCCCACUAAAAGCAGCUGCGCUCUGGAUCCAACUUAUGGGGCACGGACCGGUUUUGCCUUCAAACACAUGAAGAAGAUGCACAGCUGCAUUCACCUGCACUUCCACAGCAGACAGUGAAGAUUUAUACCCUCAGCUGAUGCUUCCUGUCACCUUUUUUUCCCUGUUGGAUUGUUUUUCUGCUUGUUUUGCAGCAAACCCCAGAUUCUCAGUUCAAGUCUCAUAAUCCAGUUGAGUUUUGGUUAAAGUAAACGAUGCUGAGAAGCUGAAGAAUAAACCACCUGACAACACUCCUGUGAAAACGGCUCCACAUCAUGAAGCAAAUCAUGUCAAUGUACUUUGAGUUUGUCUUAACCCUUGUGCUAUACUAUGGUGUCCUAGAACUUUGUGAAAAACAAAGGGAAUUCCCAA